CGCACCAACCCAACCGCUCUCAUUAUUUACAGACUGCGAAACGAUCUCGGGUCGUUGUUUCAUCGCUCGACAAAGUCAACCGUACCUGUUCGAACCCUUGCUGCUCCCUGGUAUUCCACCGUACGCUCUGGACAGCGCAUAUAAACUCACAAUGGCGGACGCCUCCGCCCAACCGAAACCCAGCAGCAGCGUCAAGCUGGUGCUGCUGGGAGAGGCAGCUGUUGGAAAGUCCUCACUCGUUAUGCGCUUCGUCAACAACGACUUCCAGGAAAAUAAGGAGCCCACGAUAGGAGCUGCCUUCCUUACGCAGAAAUGCAACCUCCCAACCAGAACCAUCAAGUUUGAGAUUUGGGAUACCGCCGGUCAAGAACGCUUCGCUUCGCUCGCACCCAUGUACUACCGCAAUGCGCAAGCUGCACUCGUCGUCUACGACAUCACAAAGCCCUCCUCCCUCACAAAAGCCCAGCACUGGGUCGCCGAGCUACACCGCCAAGCCUCACCAGGCAUCGUCAUCGCGCUCGUAGGAAACAAAUACGAUCUUGCUACUGCCAGCGGCGAGGAGAGCUUAGAAGACGCAGACGCAGCGCCGGCUGCUGAGGGCGAGGAAGAUGAAGUAGAGGAUGGUGCGGACGCGAGGAGAGUACCCACCAAGGCUGCGAAGGGAUACGCAGAUGAAGAAGGCUUGUUGUUCUUCGAGACUAGUGCAAAGACGGGCCAGAAUGUCGCGGAGGUGUUUACAGCUAUUGCAAAUGCGAUUCCGGAGACGAGCUUGAAGGGACCGCGCGGAGUUGGCGGGCAGACAAACUUGGGCAGGCAAGAGGAUGCGCGGGUAAAUCUGGGUAGUGCCCGAACAGAGGGUGCUAAGGAGGGUUGCGCAUGCUAAGGUAUACUACGACGAGCUUGUAUUGUGCGGUUGAUUGUGUAGAGCGGCCUCCUUUCAAACAAGGCGUUUUGCGGAUAGUAAUACUUCCACUACUAGUAAUCUAUACGAGGUUGUACAGUGCGAAGCGGUACUUGGAU